GUUCAGCUCGUCGUUCGCAGCUCGAGUUAGCGUGGCGAGGGCGUGGCGCUGGCACCAAACCUUCCUUGCUUGGGCGGGCGGCUCUUGUUGAUCAGUGUCCAGCUAGGUAAACGGUGAGGUCUUGACCUUGACUAGGCUGAUGGGUGCACGGUUGGGCAGGGAGGCGCAGGCUGCAAAGGACGAGCCAUGCGUGCCCUCUCCUGGCAUCCCAGAGGGCUGCCACUUUCACAACCACACGUCGGCAGUGUGGGAGAAACAUCCCAAUGCAGCAGCACGGUUCAACCCACCAGCAGAAACCCUGCCGCUCCCAUUUAAAUACUACGGCCAGGCAUUCUUCAAAGGAUUCGAUUUUGAGAAGAAAGUGUGAGGUUAGCUCAUGCAGGCGGGGAGCUCCAGCUCACAGCCUUGGCUACAACCCUAAAAGUCAAACCCUUAUUCUCAUGCCGUUGACCCUUGCCUCCUGACCUUUUCAUGCCUAACGCAGCCGCUACUUAGCGCAGAGGCGGGGCAGCAUUCCAGGUGACCAGCCUGGAGGCCAUAUCCAGCUCCUAUAUGUUCAGGCAAUCGGCUGAUUUUCACAACAUUCUCACUUUCAAGGGCCACGAUGAAGGUCAAGCAGAAUGGGGAUGAGAGGUCCGGGCACAGCCCUGGCUCUGCUGAUGAAGACGGCCGCCGCACCAGGGAGAAGCACGGAGGGGCAUGGCGUUCAGAAAAGGCACGCCUGCUGCAGCUGCUGCGCAGCACGCAAGAGGAGCUGGAGGCUCGGGCGGAGGCGCUGGCGGACUGCCAGGCCCAGCUGGCGGAUGGCCUCAUUGCCCAGGCGGAGGAGAGAGACGGCCCUGCCACCCUGGCGGGCCUGGCGGUGGACCUCAAAGAUCGCCUGCGCUUCAGUCACUGCCUGGCGCGCAAGCUGCGGCAGGAGCGCAACGCCAGUGUGCUCAAGUACGAGGAAGCGGUGCGGCAUGCGGAGGACGCAGUGGCAGCGGCAGGCGCGCUGGAGGGGGUUGUGGCGCAGCAGCGAGGGGAGCUGGAACGCCUCCACGACAGGCUGCGCUCAGCAGAGUCGGCGGAGUCGGCUGCGGCGGCGGGGUGGCGGGCGGCGGUGGGGCAGCUGGAGGAGCAGGCGGCGCUGCACCAGCAGCGGGCCGAGCUGCAGGACCAGCGCGCAGCAGCACUCGAGGACGCGCUAAAGCGCGAGACGGGGCGCACCACGCAGGCGGAGGCCGAGGCUGCGUCCGCUCUCGCGGUGUGUGAGGAGCAGCGCGGCGUGAUCGCGGAGCUGGAGCUCGCAGUGGCGGGGGCGCGCGAAGAUGCUGCCGCGGUAGCUGCGGCGGGGGCGGAGUGGCGGCGGCAGCAGCUGAGCACGGACCAGGUGUGGGCCGACAACGCGCGCCUGGCCGCGCUGCUGCAGCACGGGCCGUACUUCCAGACGCUCCUGCAAGAGCUCGAGGAUGCGGACGGUGGUGUGUACCUGCCGGCAACGCAAGACGGGGCCGCGGAGCUGCAGGCGCUGCUCGACAAGUACGCGGACUCAAGCGACCGGGUCCCCAUUGUGCCGGGCCGCGAAGGCGCCAACUGGGUGCCUGCGGAGGCGUUCGACCUGGUGGCGUCCUUCUGUGCUGCGCACGUGCCUGCCCUGCCGCUCCCGCCACUGCACGGCCUGCUGGUGCGGCUGAACGCGGUGUGGCGGCGGCAGGAGCAGCGCAAGCUGGCCCGCGCCAAGGCCGGCCACGCCAAAAGGACGGCGGACCUGCGCCGCCAGCUGCAGCAGACCAGGCCGUACCACGACGUCGUCGGAACAUGCCGCGAUGGGCGCCCCAAAGUGGCUGCGAGCAGUGCGAAGGAGGACAGUCCACGGCGAAGAGACAGUUUCCGGCCAUGGUCUCCGUCAUAUUUAAGUGAACGGUAUUAAGUUGAGGUGAAGGCACACGCGGUGCUAUGAGCGUAGGAAGCGUCUUACUGGAAGUUGAAUCAAGAUGCUUUCCAAUACCUCAAUGCACAGUAUCCCGAGCACAUGAAACUGCUCGUGCUAACUGCAUGCGAAGAUUCUGACAAGCUCAUAUGUCCCGUAGAUACGGACGUGCAAAUGCCUACGAAGUUUUGGUUUGCAUCUGAGUCUGGCCAGGUGAGUGGUAAUGCAGCACCCAUGCCGCACUGGGUCUGACAAGUCCAACCCUAUACAAGCUGCAACGGC